AUGGCUUCGUUCAUACCAUUCUUACCAUUAGCCACUCAAUUCGUUGAGACCAUGAUGAUCAGUGUUUCACCAAGGAAAGGUGUUGGUGAAACAACAAAAGAAUUGCCAGUAUAUCAUAAAUCUAUUUCAGUCAUUAAAGUAUUAACACGAUGUCUUAUUCUAAUUCAAUAUACAAUAAAAGAGAACUUAAAUUUGUUGCGUUUAUUGGACAAUCUUGGAUUAGGUUAUGAUAUUAUUGUCAACAAAUUUGAUGAUGUUGAUCAAGACGAACGAUCGAAAUUUCGACGUCAGAUUCAACGUGAAAUCACAUCAACAGAACUGAAACAAAAGAAAAAUGUAUUUUUUCUAAGUGCUCAAAAUCCUAAGAUGUUUCCAGAUUGGCUAAGAAUGGUCGACUAUUUGACCGAAGAAUGUGCCGAUUGUAAGUAG